AUGCAAUUCGGACUUUUUGGAAUGGUUUUGAUGAGUUGGUGCCUGAUUUUGGCAAUUAUAACGAAGGAUAUCGAGAAGUAUUGGAAGGUCUCUCAGGUUGUAUAUUAUAUCUCUAGUUAUUUAAUGAUUGUGUUCUUGCUUAUUUUCGCAAGCUAUCAUACGGAGUAUCAUGUGAAACUUGAUGACGAAAAAUCACCAUUUGUAGAGAGAAACUUGUUCAUUUUGGGAGUUGGAAUUGCUCAUAUUAUUGUAGCUUUUGCGAUAUUCAUGACGCAGGUCUACUGGCUUGAAUGUCUCAUAAUUCUCUUCGCGUCAUUCAUCUACUCCAUUGAUCUUUACUGGGUUUCCACGAUUGACGCAUAUACUAUUCAAAAACAUUAUCAUUACGAAUGGCAGUUUGAUCCGCGAGAAGAUAUUUAUUACAACGCCAUUAUCACUUGUAAACGACUUUGGAAAGAUUAUGAAACUAUUGAAUGGUCUUUAGUUUGA